AUGCCUCAGUGGUCUUUUCCUCCUUUCAUACCAUAUCCGCCUCAGAAGGCUGGUUAUUGGAGUCCCGUCACCUCGACUUUGAAUUGGUGUGAAGAGGAUUACUAUGCCACUAUCUAUUCCGCCGAAAUCGUCAAUGCCCUGACAAACCUCCUGUUCAUGUGGCUCGGAGUGAAAGGAAUUCUCAACUGUCGACGUCAUGGUCACGAUUCCAUCUUUGAGGUCGCUUACUAUGGCUACCUUCUGGUCGGAACGGGGAGUUUCCUGUUCCAUUCGACUCUCAAAUGCAAGUACAAUCAAGAUCCCAUGCAGCUGGUCGAUGAACUCUCCAUGAUCUACACCACCUGUCUCAUGUGCUAUGCCUCCUUCUCGUACUCGCGACCGGACCCUGUUCGCAUCGUUUUGGGCAUCACACUGGCCGGACUGGCCAUCUUCAUAACGCUAUAUUACCACUAUCUCCAGGACCCCGUGUUCCACCAGAAUGCGUACGCUCUCCUGACCACCGUCGUGGUGUUACGCAGCAUGUACACCAUGGAAGUGACGCUGCGUCCCAAGUGGCGACACACCACCGAGGAAGACCGACUUGCGCAGCAACGUCAGGGUCUCCCGGUCCCAUCGAAGGAACGCCAACAAUACGAGAACGCACGGGAUACGAAAAUAUUGAAGACCAUGUGGUUUAUGGUCGUUUACGGACUGAGCAUGUUCCUGGGCGGUUUCCUCAUCUGGAAUCUAGAUAACCACUUCUGUACCAAGAUUCGUGGCUGGCGCCGCGUAGUGGGUCUUCCGUGGGGUAUCUUCCUGGAGGGUCAUGGCUGGUGGCAUCUGAUGACCGGUAUCGGAGCAUAUCUAUGUAUCAUCUGGGGAAUCUGGCUGCGCCACUGCUUGAACCAGCGACAGGACGAGUACCGUCUGUGGUGGCCGCAUUUUUGGAAUUUCCCCGAGAUUCUCCGGGUCGAUUCCAAGGGAAAGACUGAGAAUGGAUUGGCUAAGAAAUCCCGCUGA